AUGGGGCUCCCUACGGAUAUCAAGUACCAGGGCAAUCGAUGGUCAACCCAAGUAACCCAUCAGCCAAAUGACCAGCUCAACCUGACGAAAACCCUCAAUGCCGGGUCGGGGCCAUUUCCAUUGAUCAUUCAGGUUUCGGAAACAUCAAACCGCGCGCCCGUACACGACUCUCCGCCUCGCCCGGUGUGGGCUGAAAAUGAAGAGAGGAAGUACGAGAUCGCAUAUCGAACAAGAAAAGCAGAAGGAAAACCACGACCAAUCCGAACAAAACUCAGCCCUCAGCCCUCAGCCCUCAGCCUAGCCAAACCUGAACCUAGCCAUAAUAUUCUAUUCCUUGAAUCCACCUCAAUGUCUGAACCUCCGAAAUGUAUGGCGAUCGUGGGAUAG